AUGGCUUCUCCAAUCCCACCCGAGCUGCCACCCGAACUGGCCUCCCUCCCCGCCGAGCCGGAGUCGGUCGCCGAGGUCGAGCACGCCGUGACGCUCGCCCGCCAGUGCCGCCGGCGCCUCGUCACCGUCGGCUCCGGCCACUCGCCCUCCGACCUGACCUGCACCUCGUCCUGGAUGCUCAACCUGGACCGCCUCGCCGGCGUGCUGACCGCCGACCCGGCCACCGGCCUGUGCACCGUGCAGGCCGGCAUCCGCCUGCGCGCCCUCAGCGCCGCGCUCGCCGCCGCCGGCCUGGCCCUGCCCAGCCUCGGCAGCAUCGACGAGCAGAGCAUCGCCGGCGCCAUCAGCACCGGCACCCACGGCAGCAGCCUGCGCCACGGCCUGGUCAGCGAGUGCGUCGUGGCGCUGAAGGUCACGCUGGCGGACGGCAAGACGCGCGAGUGUUCGCCGCAGCAGCGGCCGGAGCUGUUCCGGGCGGCCCUGCUGUCGGUGGGCGCGCUGGGCGUCGUGGUGGAGGUGACGCUGCGGGCGGUGCCGGCGUUCUCGCUGGCGUGGAGCCAGACGAUCGACGCGGACGCGAGGCUGUUCAGCACGUGGGAGGGGGAGCUGUGGAAGCAGGCCGAGUUCGUGCGGGUGUGGUGGUUCCCCUACAUGCGGCGCGCGGUGGUGUGGCAUGCCGACAAAGUGCCCAGGGAGGAUAUCGAGUCCGGGCGGGUGCGGCACCGCCGCCCGCGCACCAGCUUCCUGGACAGCAGGCUGGGCUAUCACGUCUACCACAACCUGCUCGCGCUGGCCCGCUGGUUCCCGCGCAUCACGCCCUGGAUCGAGUGGUUCGUCUUCGGGCUGAACUACGGCUUCCGGAACGGCGAGCGCACGCGCGUCAGCGGCGUGCAGCCGAGCUACGAGGCCUUCCUCCUCAACUGCCUCUACAGCCAGUUCGUCAACGAGUGGGCCAUCCCGCUGCACAAGGGCCCCGAGGCGCUACAGCGCCUCAGCGCCUGGCUCAACCGCCUGCGGCCAGGCGACCCGGGCUACGUCGAGCACCGCAUCCCCUUCAGCGCCGAGGGCCUGUGGGUGCACAGCCCCGUCGAGGUGCGCGUGAGCGACACGACCGUCAACGCCAGCGCCGCCCGCGGCAACCGGCCCUGGCUCGACGUCACCCCGGCCGACGGCCCGGCCCUGUACCUCAACGCGACCAUGUACCGGCCCUACUUCCGCGACCCGACCGGCGAGGCCACGGAGCGCUACUACGCCGCCUUCGAGUGGCUGAUGCGCGACCUGGGCGGCCGGCCGCACUGGGCCAAGACGUUCACCGUCUCGCCGGACGAGUUCGCCUCAUGGUACGGCGACGACUGGAGGGCGUUCCGCCAGGUGCGCGACGCGGCGGACCCGGAGGGCAUGUUUGUCGGGCCGUGGCAUCGCAGAUAUCUCCUGGGCGAGCGUUCUUCCGCGGGCGGUGAGGGGGGGGAGAUGGAGAGGCUGCCGCUGGAGGAGGUUGGGUUCUUCACGCGCGAGCCCGCGAAGGGAGGCUGA